AUGUGGGAACCAAGUGCCCUAAUCAAACCUCUCUCAAAUGAUCCGGAGUAUUUGAAGAACAAGGCUUCUGAUUCAAAACAAUUGGUGGACUACAAAGACUGGCAAAUAGCAUUGAGUAGAAGAUUACGAGCAAUGAAGCUAUGGCUUGUACUCAGAAGCAAUGGAGCAUCAAACCUCAGAAAAUUCAUAAGGGGUCAUGUAAAAAUGGCUAAACAUUUUGAACGGCUCAUAGCCAUGGACAAGAGGCUCGAGGUUGUGGUUCCUAGAAAUUUUGCAAUGGUUUGUGUUUCGCCAUUAACGCUGGGGAAUGCUAAUCAGAAGCUUUGA